AUAAAACACGACGUUUUUCAACCUCCUUUUCUUUGAGGCAUCGCAUCCCCUUACGCUUGUCCAUCAUCCCCACGAAUUACAGAAUUUCUCCUCUUGCCAUUCCCUCGAGGAUAAACUCGCCUUCUGUCUUCCCACAAAGAUCCCUCUUUCCAAGCCCCACAUCCCGGGCAACGCCUCUCCGCGCAGAAGCCGCGGGAGGAGGAGGAGGAAGAGGAGGAGUAAAGCUAAAGCAGGCCCUCCGGACGCUGGCCUGUGGAACGCUAUGGAAGCACAAGACGGAGCGCUCCCGGGUUUGGGAAGGGCCCACCCUCGGAAGCGUCCCAGCCGGGCCAACCGAGGUUGUGCCCGCAGAGAUGCUGGGUCCGCUCUCCAGCAACGGCAGGACUCAGAGGCAGGGCGGGGGAGAACGAGGGUUUUGCCAAGCGUUGGCCCCGGCCUCAGCCUCUGGGAUGCUGGAUGACGGACAUGGAGGACCAGCCAAACCCUGCGCGUCCCCGGCUCUGCCCAGACCGCACAAAGGGCCCCAGCCGGCCUCCCGCAGUUUCCUCACCUGCGCUUGGCGGCCGACCCUCCGAACCCACAGCGCCACCGGGAGAAGCCCUGCGCUUCAAGAGAGACGACAAGAAGAUGCUACAGCCCCACGGGCGCUAACUGCUCCAACUCCACUGCCGCCGGGGACUCCUCCAGGUUGCCGAGGAGCCCAAGUAGAAGAAAUAUGGAGUUUAGAGCCCGAGAAUUUUGAAAAAUUAAAGCCAGUUCAUGGGUUAAUUUUUCUUUUCAAGUGGCAGCCAGGAGAAGAACCAGCAGGCUCUGUAGUUCAGGACUCCAGACUUGACACAAUAUUUUUUGCAAAGCAGGUAAUUAACAAUGCUUGUGCUACCCAAGCUAUAGUAAGUGUGUUAUUGAACUGUACCCAUCAAGAUGUCCAUUUGGGAGAGACAUUAUCAGAAUUUAAAGAAUUUUCACAAAGUUUUGAUGCAGCUAUGAAAGGUUUGGCACUGAGCAAUUCAGAUGUGAUCCGACAAGUACACAACAGUUUUGCCAGACAGCAAAUGUUUGAAUUUGAUGCAAAGACAUCAGCAAAAGAAGAAGAUGCUUUUCAUUUUGUCAGUUAUGUUCCUGUCAAUGGAAGAUUGUAUGAAUUAGAUGGAUUAAGAGAAGGACCAAUUGAUUUAGGUGCAUGCAAUCAAGAUGACUGGAUCAGCGCAGUGAGGCCAGUCAUAGAAAAAAGGAUACAAAAGUACAGUGAAGGCGAAAUUCGAUUUAACUUAAUGGCCAUUGUGUCUGACAGAAAAAUGAUAUACGAACAGAAGAUAGCAGAGUUACAAAGACAACUUGCUGAGGAGGAACCCAUGGAUACAGACCAGGGUAGUAAUAUGUUAAGUGCUAUUCAGUCAGAGGUUGCCAAAAACCAGAUGCUUAUUGAAGAAGAAGUACAGAAACUAAAAAGAUAUAAGAUUGAAAAUAUCAGAAGGAAGCAUAAUUACCUGCCUUUCAUUAUGGAAUUAUUAAAGACUUUAGCAGAACACCAACAGUUAAUACCACUAGUAGAAAAGGCAAAAGAAAAACAGAAUGCAAAGAAAGCACAGGAAACCAAAUGAAGACGACGCUUUGGGAUGCAUACAUAUUUCUGCUUCUGCACUUAUUUUCAUGGAAACCAUUAAGUAUAAAGAACUUUGAGCAACAUUCUAAUUGAUUCAAUGCACGUUUGGCAAUAGUACCAGUCUGUCUUGUCUUUAAUGCAUGGAUUCUUUCCCAGCCUGCAUCAUGUGCAUGUAGUGCAUAUUAAAUAAAAGUGAUAUUAAGAGUGCUUGCCCAAAUUCCAUUAUUUGACAUUGGAUCCAAGAACUUCUCUUAUAUAUAAGAGAAGUUCUCUGGAUAUAUACUAUCAUGAUGAACCUAGAAAUUGCAUAAAUGAUAUUCUCUACCUGUAAUUAUUAUAAUCAAUAUCUCGAUCUUUUAGCUCAGUUACAUGUUUAAAAUUUAUGAAUGUCAGAUCUUGAUUAAAUUAGAUCUCUUGUUUCUCAUCAUUAGUGAAAAAAAUCAGUAUUUGUCUAUUAUAUCUAAACAUUUUGAGGAUUUUAAAACUGAAUUUUGUCUCAAGAAAGUAUGGUUUUAAUGCAGAUCAUUUGGAAAAGACAAAAGUAUAGAUUCUAGUGAUUUUCAUUGCUGCCAGAAGAAAAAGUAAUAAACAUUCAAUUUAUUUUAGCAGAAUUUUUAAGUGUUUGGGGUUAUUUAUUUAUGUAUUAUUAGAAUAAUUUUAGGAAAGUAUAAGUAUUAUGCUUCGAAGUAGAAUUUCAGGUUAAGAAUAAAUGAUAAAUCUUAAAAGAUUUUUGGUGUUACUCUCAGUCUGGCAGCAUUUUCUGGCUGCUAAGCCGUAUAUAAAAAAAUCAGAGGUUUGACAGUUUAGGCUAUCUGCUUUUUAAAAAAAAAAUAGGAUGUGGUGGUAGAAGAUCCUUCUUUGCCAGUUUGAAUGAAAUUGGUACAGCCCAAUAGUUUCAAGAACCAUGUACAGUCUGCUCACAAUGGAUUUUUAAAAAUUACUUUUGGGAUUUGCUUUUUUUUAUUUUAUGGAAAAA